AUGGAGCCCUGCAGGUCCCUGGCCCUGCUCACUAGCUCCCUGGCCCUGUUGUCUCUCUUGGUGGCUCUGAGCACGAAUUUCUGGUUUGUGGCCGAGGGGCCCAGCUCCUUGUCUCACUCGGGCCUCUGGCCAUCGGGAGAUCAGGGCUCGGUAGAAGGCUAUAUCCACGUGACACAGAGCUUCUGUGUUCUGGCUGUCCUUUGGGGCCUGAUCGCUGUGAGCUUUCUGGUCAUGUCCUGCAUCCCUUCCCUGUCUGCCCCUGGACGCGGCCCCAUCGUCUCCACCUUCGUAGCCUUUGCCGCAGCCCUCUCCCUGAUAGUGGCCAUGGCGGUCUACACGAUCGAGCGGUGGAAGCAGCCUGGACACCCCCAGAUCCAGUCUUUCUUCUCCUGGUCCUUCUACCUGGGCUGGGUUUCAACUGUCCUCUUUCUCUGUGCAGGCGGCCUGAGUCUGGGAGCUCACUACGGGGCCCACCGGCCUGGCUAUGAGGCCAUGUGAACCACAGGAUGGCUCUGGCACUCCAUUCUCUGGAGGCAUCAUGAGGAACCAUGAAAACAGCUGGCUCUCCUUCCUGCCCUGACUCCCAGCGUCUGCGAGCUCUUUCCUUUGCGUCUUCAUUCAUUCAACAAAAAUCUGCUGGGAACUGGUUAUUCCGAGGUUAAUGCUGCCACAACAGAAGACGACG